CUAGUUGGCUCAAACCAGCCCCGUAUAAACCCUCGAAUGAAUUAUAGUGUCUGCAUGCUCCGCUACUUCACUCCAAGUGUCCGCAGGCUGCAGAUGUUCUUCGCCAAUCCAGCACUGCAGGUGCAGUUAAUGCCGGAGAUGCUGAUAGUAGUUCUGGCUAGAUAUCCAUCUCUUUGCUUGUUUCUUUUCCUCACAUAGAGCUUUUAUUUUUUUCUGCUUACGCUCUAGUGCUGCCGCGUGAGGUGUUGGAUUCACUGAAUCCCGCAUUCUGACCGGGUUUGCGGUGCGUCUUCAAGAGCAUCAUCAACAAUAUCUUUAGUGGAUAUAUGACGAACAGUUCCGUGUGCUGCCGCAUCAUGUUGACAUAACUCUGCUGAAGAACUGAAAUUAAUGAAUGGCCGCAGAGGAGCGAUGAUAUGAAUUAACUCUUUGAUGUGAAGGGAAGCAGGAAGGGGGUUUUAUACUGCAUAUACCGCCGAGGAAACGGGAAUGAGGCUUUAAACACGUUUCUUGUCGCUGAGUUUUCUUGUUGAAGUUGGCUUUUCUCAGCAAUGGAAAAAUGAAUGGGAAGGGAUAUUUUUAGAAGUGUUCCUUAGAGAUGGAUGGAAGAUUUUCCAACCUUUCCCCUUUAUGAAUCUUUUUCGUGAGUCUGGAAAGGUGGAGCGUUCAGGAAAAGCUAAUGACGGACCUAUUAAUCCAUCAAAAGCACCAGAGGGGUUUGGAAGCGUUUGGAUGGAAAUGUUUGCACCUUUUUCUGGUUUUAUACGGAACUACUAAUGCUUAGUUGUGGAUGUCUGCUGGAAUCACCAUUGUAAUCGAUUAAUAUAGUGAAAUGAAUUCAGGGCUGUUAACAUAUUCGCUGUGAUUUUUGCUUCUUCUUCUUUUUUUUUUUCUUUUUUUUUACUCGCAAAUAUCCAUAUUUUCUUCUGAAAGUAUUCCGAUCUAAAUGGAAUUAGUUGAGAAAGCCCUUUGUGAAAGGAAUAGACAUGGUACAUGGGAACAGGUUCUUUCACGUUGUUGCAGGUCUUCUCAUGCUUGGGUUGUCUGGGGCAACAAAGAAGGAAACAGUGAAUUCAGGAGUGCAGCCAGCAGGGCAGUGUGGAACCUGGGUGAAAGAACCAGAGGGAGGCCUCUUCACCUCACCCAAUUACCCAAACAAAUAUCCUCCAGAGCGAGAAUGCAUCUACAUCAUUGAAGCUCCCCCGAGACAAUGCAUCGAUCUUUUCUUUGAUGAAAAGUAUUCAAUAGAGCCUUCAUGGGAAUGUAAAUUUGACCAUAUUGAAGUCCGGGAUGGGCCCUUUGGCUUUUCUCCAAUAAUUGGACGCUACUGCGGCCAACAGAACCCUCCAUAUAUCAGAUCGAGCGGCCGUUACCUAUGGAUAAAAUUUGUUGCAGAUGGUGAAUUGGAAGCAAUGGGAUUUUCUGCAAGCUACAAUUUCACAGCAGAUCCUGACUUUAAAGACAUAGGAGUCCCCAAACCUCUUCCCUUUUGUGAAUUUGAGAUGGGAGGACCUGAAGGCAUCAUUGAAUCGCAGCAGAUCACUAAAGACGGUAAAGCCUUGCAGACUGAGGCAGUGGACUGCAAGUGGUACAUCCGUGCCCCUCCUCGCUCCAAGAUCUACUUGCGUAUCCUAGACUACGAGAUGCAGAACUCCAAUGAGUGUAAACGUAAUUUUGUGGCGGUGUACGAUGGCAGCAGCUCGGUGGAAGACCUGAGGAAUAAAUUCUGCAGCACGGUGGCCAACGACAUCAUGCUGGUGUCCGCGCUGGGCGUGGUCCGCAUGUGGGCCGACGAGGGCAGCCGAAAGAGCCGCUUCCGGAUACUCUUCACUACCUUCCAAGAGCCUCCCUGUGAGGCAGAUACUUUCUUUUGCCAUAGUAACAUGUGUAUCAACAACACGCUGGUGUGCAACGGAGUCCAGAACUGCGUCUUCCCUUGGGACGAAAACCACUGCAAAGAAAAGCGGAAAGCCAACAUCCUGGACAACCUCAACAACACCAACGGCACCAUCAUUGGCGUAACAUGCUGCAUCGUACUGAUCCUACUCGUCGUAUCGGUGGUCGUCCAAAUCAAGCAGCCGCGAAAGAAGUACAUCCUGAGGCGGGAGGACUUUGACCCCACCAUGUUCCAGGAGGUGUUCCAGGAGCCACCACAUUACGAGCUCUGCACUCUCCGGAGCGCGGCAGCCACCUCCGCGGACCUGGCCGAGCUGGCCGAGGACUUUGAGAACUACCACAAGCUCCGGUGCGCCUCCUCGCGCUGCGUCCACGAGCAUCACUGCGGGUCCUCGCAGCUGUCCAGCAGCAAGGGCAGCCGCACCAACCUGAGCGCCCGCGAGGCGACGGCAGCCAUCCUGACAGACCUCCCACCGCAGCCCAUGCGGCAGCUUCCUCCCCAAGCCAACCGCAGGAACAUUCUGGUAAUGAGACACACCUACUCACAAGAUGCCGCGGAUGCCUGUGACCUGGACGAUGACCUGGAGGAAGUGCCCACCACCAGCCACAGGCUGUCCAGACACGAGAAAGCAGUGCAGCGGUUCUGCCUCAUUGGGUCUCUAAACAAACAUGAAUCUGAGUACAACACAACUAGGGUGUAACAGACAAUCUGAAG